AUGGCAAAUACAACGGCAGGCGGCUACCCGGACAUUUUCAAAGGAGCUAUAAUUUACUCUGCAGGCUCUUCUGGCAACAUUCGGAACAUGUACCAAGGAUAUACAGGAACGUAUCUAAAAGUACAGCUAUAUCUGGGAUCUGAAGAUACUAUUAUAGGCUCGACAGCCUUCAACACCACACUCGCGGCUUGGGCUGUCGUGUUGAGCUAUGGGAACGCGCCUAAACAGGUUAUGGUUGAAGAGCCUGAGGACACUAGGGUGACGUAUUUUUUUGGGAGGAAGUUGAAGGAAAUUUGGGCGGAGGGGAUUGGUCGCUCAGUCCCGACCCAGGAGGAGCGUGAUAUGGAGUGGUUGGGGUUUACGUCCUAA